AUGGAAAUCAAACGUGUCCUCUCAAAAACAGUGAAUGCAACAAGAACUGAUUGGGCAAAGAAGCUCGAUGAUGCAUUGUGGGCUUACCGCCCAGCCUUCAAAACAGCAAUUGGUAUGUCACCAUACAUGUUGGUAUUUGGAAAGGCAUGUCACCUUCCAGUUGAGCUCGAACACAAAGCACUGUGUGCAUUGCGGCAGCUGAACUUAAACAUGGAGACAUCAAGCGCCAACGGAGUUAAUGGGUUUCAUGAGCUUGAGGAAUUCCGGUUCCAGGCAUUCGAGAAUAAGUUGAAGUCCCGAUGGUCAGGACUAUUCAGAGUGGUGAAAAUGUUCCCAAGUGGAGCUGUGGAGAUCGAAUCUGAAGAUGGGACGAACAAAUUCACAGUUAAUGGGUAG